AUGUCAGAAGAACCAUCAAGCCCGAGGAAUGUCUCGUUGAUUACUCCUAAGCCUCAUAUUUUACACGAUUCGGAUGUGAGCAAAGGUGAAUUCACACCAGUUAACACCAUAACAGAGGCUGCCAAGAUCACCUUCUGGUCGGCAGUGUUUCUCGGUGGUAUGCAUGUGAGAAGGCUUCUUCAGCAUAGAAAGGGGGCGGCUAGACCGGGCCAGGCAAGGUAUUUGGCACUAUUUGAAUUGAACAAGAGACACUUUGUUUCCAUUCCAUUGGCCUUGGGUACCUAUUCGUUCCUUUCAAAUUCCUUAUACAAUUUGCACGAUGGAGAGAAAACCACCAAGAGUGAAAUGCUCGCCUCUUCUACGGCCAUUUUGGUUGCAACAGCCUUCAAGGGGGGUAUGGCAGCCAAUAAGAAGGUGGGAUUGGCACUCGGAGUAGCUGGAUUUGUUGGCUUCUUCAAAUGGGCAGGUGGCUUUAUCGAUAACUACAGUACAAAUCUCUCUUAUACGAGAUCACAUGGUUUGAAUCACGACCAGGUUAGUAACAAGGACUUAGAUGAGGAUUUUGCCAACGGAACAUACAAGAAACAGGGUUUUUGGGAGAUUAUGUAUAGAAGACCAUUGUCAGAGACAGUGCAAGACCUUGGAGAAGGAAGAGGAAUCGGUAAGGCUUGA